AUGCUGCCAACGUUCGUGGUGUUUCUGCUGGCAAUUUGGGCCGUCUCGGUGCGAUGCAUAUUUAUUGACGAGAACCACCUGACGUAUGGUGGAGACGCCCCGGAUGGUCGAUACCCUUACAUGGUGCAGUUGCACCGGUUCAUGGUAGUGCAGUACAUAUACCACUGUGGGGGUGUCCUUUUGACGCCAAUGUGCUUCCUAACGGCGGGCCACUGUGCGUAUCAGAUGUAUCAGCUGCAGGCGCAGGUUGGCACGUCGUGGCGUGUCGCUGAGAACCAGGGCCAGGUCCGGUAUGUCACGCAGAUGCUCGUGCACGAAAAUUACAUUCCAGAUGGCGAAACGCACCCGUACGAUAUCGCGGUGGGACGUGUCGACGAGCCGUUCGUGCUGGAUGGUGUUACCGUUGCGACGAUCUCUAUACUACCGUUUGGGUACGAACGUCCGGCCACCACGGAGGUGAUCGGAUUUGGGAAGAUGGACCAAGAUGACACGCUAUCGGACCGUUUGCGCUUCGUGAUGUGUGAGUUCCAAGAGGUGACGGUUUGCGAGGCGUUCCCACCAGAUAACACGUUCUGCAUCGGUGAGGCGGGUGCGACCGCUUGUCCGGGCGAUUCCGGUGGUCCCAUUGUCGGGGAGGUUCAGGGAUACACCUGGCUGCUCGGGUUGGUGUCCUUUGGGAAGCAGGUGUGCGGAUCGGCACCCUUCAUGUGCACGGAUGUAUCACAGUACACCGAUUGGGUGCAGAAUGGCAUCAAUACGCUGAUUGCCGGUUAA